AUGGUCAACUUCGGCGUUUUUGGUUGUAUCGAUGUGGAUGCACUGCACUGUCGGUUUAGCGUCCCGCGUACGACAGCCGUGCAUGGCGUAUUGCAGGCGUUUUCUAAUGUCAGAAACGCUCAAAGCAACGCAAAGUCAAUUUCCACUCAGGCUUGGGUUGGGAAUCUGCAAGAAAUUCCGGAGCUUUUGGCAGACGUAAGCAAGACGCGGCGAUGUAUCAGCAACGAGUAUGUUCGCACGGAGCCACUUUACUAUUCGUGUCUCGUGGUCCUCACUGAAAGGUGGAGGUGUACGGACAACAUUUUACGAAAGGAUUUUGUUAUAGGUGCUGCCGGGCUUUUUCUUUUCGAUCUUGGAAGUCAUUUGCCAGCAUGUUGCCAAGCCAUACAAAUUCUUUGA